AUGCGAACGGGAGACGAGCCUCCGGAGAUGGUCCGACCCAAUGUGGUGUUUGGGACUGUCAGUGGCAUGAUUGGUGUUAUGGGUUCAUUGACUGAGGAGAUGUACUUGUUCUUGGACGAUCUGCAGACGCGGCUGGCAGAGAUCAAGGGCGUAGGAGGCCUGUCGCACAGCACGUGGCGAGAGUACAAGACUGAGCGGCGGAUGAAGACGGCGUGGCACUACAUAGACGGGGAUCUGAUAGAGUGGACACUGGAAUUGCCCAGAAGCAAGCUAGUACAA